AUGGUCUAUCGAGGCAAGCCAAGUCCUUCUUGUGCUGUCUGCACUGGUUAUCGGGAUCAGUCGGACUUCGGCUUCCAAGACCAAAGUGAGGAAGUUGUCCGCAACUACCACCAGUCUGCCAAAAAGAAGGGCAAGGAGAAGGAGAAAGAGAAGCGAUCCAUCACGAGUUCCCCAAUCUUGCCAAGUACUACCACAGGUACUCUGGUAACCCCGGCAUCGUCACCCCCUUCGGCCGGUAGUCCUCCGCGCAGUCUUGCUACGUCCGUUCAAGACAUCGCAAGAGGCUACCUCUACACCAACUACAUGACCGGAGGUCCUCGGACCCGAUACAUGGCGUAUCUGGUACCACUGAUGGAGGACCGCCAGAACCGCGCUCUCGACGCGGCUGUAACCGCCGUCGCAUUGGCCGCUCUCUCUAACAUCCAUGCCUCCCCCAGGACCAUGCUCAAAGCCCACGUCGAGUACUCUACAGCCCUGAGCGCGACGAAUCAAGCUCUAAGAGAUCCAAAUAUAUGCAAAAGAGAUGACGUACUCGCCGCCGUAGUAAUGCUUGGCAUCUUCGAAAUUGUAUCCUGUACCGAUACGUCCUUCAUUGAUCGUUGGAUGAACCAUCUCGAUGGUGCCGCUAAGCUGCUGGAAGCUCGGGGACCGGAGCAACUUUCUCGUCCUGAGGGGUUAGAUAUGUUUACUCAGCUACGAGCUCAGAUUACCUUAAGCGAAAUCUACCAACAGAGGCAUAGCGCUCCGAUACUCGCCCAGCUAACCGAACAAGUCCAUUGCUAUCGAGACGCAAAAGAUCAUAUAUUAGAUCAACUCGGUUCAAUAGUGAUCAAACUCGCUAACUUCUGCGCCAACGUCAAGGAAGGGCGCUUCGAAAAACCCGUCGAAAUCAUCCGUACCGCCUUAAGCAUUGACGCCGCGUUCGUGUCGCUUCUUAUCAUCGCCCCUUCUGCUUGGAGUUAUACUAUUGCCAAGGUACCGACGGCGCACAGUGCGACUCUAGCUCCCCACAUUUGGGGUCCAACUUAUCACAUCUAUAAGAGUAUUGCCGCCAGUUCCAUGUGGAACAAUUACCGCUGCGCGCGGAUCCUGAUUCAGGAACUAAUACUGGACACAUUGGAUGGCAUCAGCGCCUCAACAGAAAGAGAUAUUGCCUUUCCACAGCGACACACCCUAGAGUUACAGUGCCGCCAAACAGCACUGCAGUUAGUGGAGGAUAUAUGCGCCUCCGUGCCGUUCAGCUUGGGCUCGGAGAUGGAGAUGGAGAUAGCUUCUAACAAGUCUGCAGAUUCGGCUGCGGCCAACAGCCCAGCAUGCGCGGGUGUCGCAAUCAGCGGAUCAGGAGGGCUUACGCUAAUGUGGCCACUGCUUGUUGCUGCAAAUUCGGGCGUAGCGCCCAAGGAUUUGCGUAACUGGAUUGCAGGCUCUCUUAACAAGAUCGGCCAUUCUAUGGGUAUUAACCAGGCGCUAGCUAUGUCCAAGUUGCUUCAGGAUCAGAUGAAAACGCGUGCUUGGCUUUCCUAA